CUGAAAUAGCCAUAUCAAAGCAUGUAAGCAGUAAACCUACUUACCUGGAAAUUUGAGAAGUUGCAUCUGAUUCCCACACGGAUUCCAGGUGAUGCACCAGCAAUGGCAAAUGAAGCAGAUAUUUCAGUGCCCAUUAUAGAAAAAAGAACUGAGAUAAGCGAGCAAGAACGAAACAUGGCAGGUCAAGGCACCAUCAUUUCAAUCUGUAAACUUUCCGAGCCUGAUACACCUAAUGAACCUCUUACACUUGAAAGUGAGGAUAUUAUGAGAACAUCCUCAGCUGGCGAGGUUGGAGGUGAAAUAGAUAAUAAUUUACCAGAAGCAAGUACAGUUGCUGAAAAGCCAUCUCAAGAUGCGAAAGAUGAUCCUGAGAUUUUCCUAGGAAACCUCAAAUCAGGUGAUCAACCUUCAGAGCUUGCUGUAAAUUUAGAAACUUCCUCAGAAAUGAUCCAGGGGUCAAAUGUUUCAGACAAAGAUGGGGGGAGGAGCAUUGCACCAGUAGAACAUAGUAAGAACCUAAAUGUCCAAGUAAACACAGGGAAUGGGAAAACAACAGAAGACAAUAUUACGUUCAAUCUCCCUGAUGAAGUGUCUGGAGGAGCAGGAUGUCCAAAUAACCAAAAUGAGAGUACCUCAGAACAGGAGCAUUUAGGCAACGAGAUGAAAUUGGUUGGCAAAUUGAAAACCUCUGGAGAAACCAUAACUGAUGCAAGAGGUGAUAAUGGCGAGCUUCAGGGCUACAGUGAUAGCCUAGGAGUUGUCAAUAAUGAGCAGAAAACCUUGACAGACAAGGUUACAGAUAAAACAGCUCCUAAGGUAACAGAGAAGACUGAGAAUAGCUCAUUGGCUCAACUUGAUGGUUUGCAUACGGCAUGCAAUCAACAACUGGAGAAGGAAAAUGGGAUACUAUCUGUGCCAGAAGCAUCAACAGGUAGCAUCGGCGCGAACGAGUCUCCAGUCAAUUUAAAUAUCACGGCUGAGGAUGAAGACCUCAAUAAUGCUGAACCAUUCCAAAAUGAAAAACAUACAAGUACUUUGCUGAAGGAAGAAAUGCAGAUAGAGAAACCUACAGAGUCCUUGCAUGCAGCACCUGAAAAUUUAAAAGCAUUUUAUUCAGAUCAUGACAACAAGGCAACAAGUUCUCAAGAGGAGCACAGUACAAGCACGAAUUUACAAGCCAUUAAAAGUGAAGAUACAGAAGAAAAAACUGUUGAUGGGGCUGAAACACAGAAGGGAGUCAAUGAGUUUUGCAUUUUCUUGCAGCACAAUGUCCCACAUGAAAACAAUUACAAGAACUCAUUGAUCCAAACUGACGGCUCACACAUAAAGCAUGAGGGGCUUCUGGAAGAAGAAAUGGAAAAACCCUUGACGGAAGCUUCAAGUGAAAAACAAAUUCAAACAGUAGAUCAACAAGAAGCCUCCAUUGACAAAAAGCAAGAAAUUACUCAAAUAGCUAACAAAAGAGAGGAAGGCACCAAGGAUAUAGCAACAAAUAUCCCAAGUCAAGAAAAUGGGGAUACGUCACCAACAGCAGAACAUGGCUCCGAGCCACCUCUGGAAGAAGUUCCCACUUGUAACGCCAAUGAUAAUGAGCAAUCAAAUACGCUUGAGGCCAAAUCUGAGAAGUAUGCAGACAAGGAUAUUGAUGAUCCAUUAACAGAAGCUUCAAGUGAGAAAGAAAUACAUGCUGUAGAUCCACAAAAAACCUCACCUGAUAAAACAAAGGAAGUAAUUACAGAGGUAGCUGGUGCAAAGGAGGUAAUUACCAAGGAUAUAACAAUAAAGGUUCUAAGACCCGAGAAUGAAGAUACCUCGCCAAUAGCAGAAGAAAGCUCUGAGCCAUCUCUGAUAGAAGGUGCUGUUGGUAAAGCCAGCGAUAACGAAUUUUCAAAUUUUGCUGAGACCAAAUCUGAUGAUGGCAGCUCCCUAAAAGCAGAGUUGGUGGAAAAUGAUAAUUGCACAGAAAAGGAAAUGGAGAAACCACAAGUUUCAUGUGAGAAACAACUUCAAAUUGUAGGUUCAAAAGAAAUCUCACCUGACAAUACAAAUGAAGAUGUUGUAGAGGUGGAUGGCAUAAAGGAGGAAAGUAAGGAUACACCAAUAAAUGUUCCAAAUCAAGAGAAUCAAGAUACUUCACUGGCAGUAGAAGAUGGAUCACAAAAACCAUGCCGGGAAGUUGUCAUUUGUAAAUCUAGAAAUAAUGAGCCAACACAUACACUAGAGGCUGCCAAGUUCAAAGAUGAGAGCUCCUUAAAAGCACAAUCAAUCGACAACGAUAUAUGUCCAGAAAGUUUAAAAACAUUUGAUUCAGAUCAUGACAAGGCAACAAGUUCUCAAGAGGAGCACAGUACAGGCACGAAUUUACAAGACAUCAAAAGUGAAGAUACAGAAGAAAAAUCUGUUGAUGCAACUGAAACACCGAAGGAAGUCAAUGAGAGCUCUCCCAUGAGUCAGUUCAUCUCACACCAAGAAGAAAGCACUACUGCAGAUCAACACGAAGGUAUCAACAACAGAAAGAGUGAAAUUAUCAUUACUGAUGUUACCCCUCAGAAGGAAGCUCCCAAGAAUUUUCUAAAAGAGGAAACUGAAGAGAACUUGACAAUAAAAGUGGAUGGUUCGCAGAUGAAUACCAAAGAGCUUUCAGAAAGUGGAAAUUCAUCUUCUUCUAUAACUUUGGCAAGGGAAAGCAAUCAUGAUAGCCUGAUGAUUAGGCAUGAGGCAGAAAUUGAGGAUGGACAACAGAGUGAAACUGAAUUAGGCAAAAGUGAAGAACAUACAGAAGGAAAGUUGCCAAAGAUAGCAUCGGAAACAAAGAUGGAAGAAAAUACCCUCCCUGUAGCUUCAGAAAAGAUUAAAGCAUCUGAUUUAUGUCAAGAGAUAGAAACAAGCACAAUUGAACAGACUUUAACAGCAGAUCCACAAGGACUCCUUGAUGAUCCAAAAAAUUACCAAACAGAUGGUGCAGCAACCAAAGAUGAAACUCUUGAGGAAUCGAUGCAGAAUGUUGCAACAUUUGAUGCUGAUGAGGAGAAUAAGAAGAACUCAUUGAUCCAUUUUGAUGGCUUCCAAACAGAAGAUGAGCACCAUCUAGAAAAGGAAAGUGAUAAAUCAUCUUUACCACAAGAUUUCCAAAGGAACACUAGUGAUUUGUUAAGCCUGAAGGAUAAGAUAGAAAUUGAAAAAGAAAAACCUGGAGCAGAGUUGUUUGAAACGGAUAAUUAUACAGAAAGUGCUGCACUAACAGAAGUGCAUCUAGAGAAGCCUGGGAAAUCUCUUAGUGUAGCUAAAGCAUCUGAUAUGCAUGCAUGCUCAGCAACAACAAGUUGCUCUAAGGAGCAAAGUUUAUCUGAGAACCAGCAAGCGAUGCUGGGUGGGAAAAUAGAGGAAAAUACAAUGGAUACAGAAGCCACCAACCAGACACAUCAAAAACUGCAGCAGAAUGCCCCACAUGAAGACAAUGACAAGAACUCAAUGAUCCAAACUGAUGGCUCACACAUAAAGCAUGAGGAACUUCUGGAAAAAGAAAUGGAAAAACCAUGGACAGAUGGUUCAUGUGAAAAACAAAUUCAAACAGUAGAUCAACAAGAAGACUCCAUUGACAAAACAAAGCAAGAAAUUACUCAAAUAGCUGAAAAAAGAGAGGAAGGCACCAAGAGAAAGUUCCUACAGGAUAUAGCAACAAAUAUCCCUAGUCAAGGAAAUGAGUAUACCUCACCAACAGCAGAACAUGGCUCUGAGCCACCUCUGGAAGAAGUUUCCACUUGUAACUCCAAUGAUAAUGAGCAAUCAAAUACGCUUGAGGCCAAAUUUGAGAAGUAUGCAGACAAGGAUAUUGAUGAUCCAUUAACAGAAGCUUCAAGUGAGAAAGAAAUACAUGCUGUAGAUCCACAAAAAACCUCACCUGAUAAAACAAAGGAAGUAAUUACAGAGGUAGCUGGUGCAAAGGAGGUAAUUACCAAGGAUAUAACAAUAAAGGUUCUAAGACCCGAGAAUGAAGAUACCUCGCCAAUAGCAGAAGAAAGCUCUGAGCCAUCUCUGAUAGAAGGUGCUGUUGGUAAAGCCAGCGAUAACGAAUUUUCAAAUUUUGCUGAGACCAAAUCUGAUGAUGGCAGCUCCCUAAAAGCAGAGUUGGUGGAAAAUGAUAAUUGCACAGAAAAGGAAAUGGAGAAACCACGAGUUUCUUGUGAGAAACAACUUCAAAUUGUAGGUACAAAAGAAAUCUCACCUGACAAAACAAAAGAAGAUGUUGUAGAGGUGGAUGGCAUAAAGGAAGAAAGUAAGGAUACACCAAUAAAUGUUCCAAAUCAAGAGAAUCAUGAUACUUCACCGGAAGUAGAAGAUGGAUCACAAAGACCAUGCCAGGAAGUUGUCAUUUGUAAAUCUAGAAAUAAUGAGCCAACACAGACACUUGAGGCUGCCAAGUACGAGGAUGACAGCUCCUCAAAAGAAGAAUUGGUCGACAAUGAUAUAUGUCCAGAGCAGGAAAUAAAGCCAUCAAUAGAAGCUUCAAGUGAGAAAGAAAUCCAACCUACAGAUGCACAAGAAAAUUUAAGUGAUAAAACACAUGACAGGGUAGCUGACGUGGAGGAAAAUAACAAGGAUACAGCGACAAGUGUUUCAAGUCAAGAGAAUGCAGAUAUGUCUCCGACUGUACAGACACAAGAGACAUCUCUGAAAGAAGAUUCCACAUAUAAUGCCAGUGAUAAUGAGACCCAAAACUCACAUGAGGCCAAACUUGAGGAGGAGAACUUCCUAAAUGCAGAUCAUGAGGAAAGUACAGAAAGAGCAUCAGGAAAGGAAGAGGUACCUACUGAGUCCUUGUGCGUAGCAGACAAAGAUAUUAAAUCAAUUGCUUCAGGACAAGAAAGAGAAACAAGCUCUCCACAAAAGCAGAUCCUAACUGAAGAUCCUCAAGUUGUUAUAUAUCAUGACACAGAGGACAAAACAAAUAAAGCAACUGGAAUAUUAGAAACUCAUGGGGUUGAGGGUGUUGAAACAGCUAUUCCACAUGAGAAUACUGAAGAGCAACUAAUUAAAGUGCAUAGCCCAAAGAUGGAUCCUCCUGAACAUUUGGAAAAGGAAAGUGAAAUUUCAUGCCUGAGAGGGGACACCACAGAAAGUACUUUGAUCAUUGAUGGAAGUCAAGUGGACAAGUCUAUUGACUAUAUGCAAGCAUCAAUCAAUGAUAUCAAGGAAUCUGCUUCUGGUCAAGAGCUAGUUAAAAGUGCCAAAGAAGGGCAAAUUCUAACUACAGGUUUUCAAGAAAUUUCAGUUGACAAGAAUGACACAGUUGCAGAGGUUAAUACAGAAGGCUACAACGAGGACAAAGUAAUUAAUGCAGGUGACCUGAAUGCAGAAACACCUGUGGACAAGGGUGUUGAAACCACUGUUGCACAUGAGGAAGCUGAGGAGAGGUCGCUAACCCAAGCAGUUGAAGAACAGUAUGAACAUCUGGAAAAGGUCCUUGAACACCCAUCUAAGGUGGAAGCUUUGACAGGAAGCACAACAGAUGGUACUUUGAUGAAGGAAGAAUCACAAGCGGAGAUGUCCAAUGACUGUUUUCUAGUAGAUAAUAAGGAUAAUACAUUGUCUACUUCAAGUCUAGGACCAGACACGAGUUCCAUUGAGGAAAUAACAUCAAAUAUGCAAGAAUUUUCAAUACUCAAAACAGAGGAAGAAACUUCUGGCACAUCCCUAAAGAAAGAAACUCUUGAUGAGCAGAAAAUUACAGCACAUGCUCCAACUGAAGAAAGUGAAGAUGACUUGAAAAAUUCAUCUCUGAAAGAAGAUUCAAUGGGAACCACCAAAGAUCACUCAGCACAAAUGCAUGAGGCCAAGUUUGAGAGCAAAGACACAAUAGCAAAUGAAUUCAAUGAUAGAAGUAUAGAUGGGACUUUGGGAAAGGGGAAAGAAUUAAAUGAUGCCUUGCAAGUGGUGGUAUCCAAGGAUGUUGUAGCAUUUGCUUCAGAUCAAGGUCAUGAAAAGCCAAGCUCGCUAGAGGAGGAAAACAUGAGAGAAACUCCUGAAAAAAUUAUGCAUGAUCCCAAGGAAGACAAAAAACAAGACGAAAUGCACAUGGUAGAAAUUCAAGAAAAUAAGGUGAGAAAGAAUGCAAUAGGUGCUACUCCACCGGAGGACCCUCUUGAGACCACACAAGUCCAACUGGAAUUCUCACGAGAGGAAGAUGGGAGACUUUUGGUAAAGGAAAAUGAAAAUGUAUCCUUGAGGACCUUAACAGAACCACCAAAAGUGGACACACCAAUGCUGAAGGAAGAGGCAGAAGGAAAAUGUAUAGGCUCCCUGGAAGUAUUGAAUGAACAAAUUAAACAAUUUGCUCCAAGCAAAGAAAAUGAAAUAAGUUCUAUCAAGGAGAAUACCUCAGAUCCAGAGUUGCCAGAUGUUCUGCGUGCUCAAACCGUGGAAACUCUUGACAUAAAGGAUAUUAGUGAAGAUUACUUGCAUACUGAACAAGACACCUCACAAAUGCCAUCUCUGGAAGAAACACCCAAAAGCAAUGACACAGAUGAGCCAUCAACAAUUCAUGAGACUAAACCAAUACAGGAAGGUCUAAUAAUAUUGAAGGAGAAUAUUACAGUAAAAACAGAUCAGAAUGCAAGUGAAGUUGCAGGGGAUUCAACUAACAACAAGUGCAGUGAGCAACUAGAAGAGAAUGAUACAAUAAAAAGCUUAGUGGAAUAUAAAAAACAUAGAGCAAGUGUGCAGGAAGAGAGAGAAUGCAGAGAAGAGAGAGCAUUGCUAGAUGAAACAGAAGAUGCCAAAGACACAACAUCAACUAUAAUAGCCAAUGAGUUUGUUCCAAACUCUUCUGAAGCUUCAGAUGAAUAUCAGUCCACUUCUGAUAGGAAGAUGACAAAAGAUAGAGAAGGGCUGGAUGUAGGAACAACUGGCAAUGCUGAGGAUGUAAAAAUUGAUGGAGACAAGGAUAAAGGGGAGGAAGAAAUCAAACAAACUAUAUCAGAUUUGAGUCAUACAGCCCUAGACAAAACAGAGAAAAGAGAUGAGAAUCUUACCAUAUUACGAUCAGAAGCUUCAGAGGGAGAUUCUCCGUCAAAAGAUUUGGGGGUUGUUGAAGAAGUUGAGAGCAUAUAUGUUGAGAAAACCUCAGAUUCAACAAGUCACUGUGAAAGAGAUGAAUCUGAGCCUCCAUCUACUGGCAGCAUGAUUGGAGAAACAUCAAACUUAAAUGAAGUUGCACAUGCACAAUCACAAAACAAAAGCGGAUCUGAAUCUGAAAAAAAGGAGAUUGAAAAUAUUGAUCAAGAUCGAAGCUGUGAAGUAAUAUCAGAAGAAAAAGAGGCAAAUAAAGAGAUGAAGCUUAAAGCAGGUGAAGAAAUACACAAUGAUGAAGUUCUGUCAGAGGGUAUAUCCAGCAAUAAGAUGCCUAAAGAUUUUGGAGGAGCUGCUGACAAAAGUGGAGAACAGCCAGAAGAUAAUCUACUGGCAUAUGACUCAUAUGACAGAAGCUUACACCAAAAUGAGCUGGAUAUGAGCAUUGCAGAUACGGAAGUGGAUCAUCAGGUAGACAGUCUUUGUGUAGAGACAAGAAAUGAGGAGUCAAAAGAAGACAUAAUAACAGAGUAUCACCCAGAAGACAAAGAAAAGAUAAAAGCAGGGGAAAUGUCCAAGGCCACAAUGAACAUGAACAAAGCCGAACAGGUCAACAGAGUUUCUGCAGGGGCUGCAGAAGAGCCAAUCGUAAACUUUCUAGCAAAAGAAUCAAAAGACCAAAGCCUAGACCAAAAGGAGCUGGGAAAGGACUUUAAACAGGUUGCAACUAUAUUAGAUUCUGAAAAGGCUCAUGAGACAGAUCAUCUAUGUGUGGAAACUAAAGCUGAGGAUCCAAAAGAAGUAAUGAUUACAGGGAGUCACCAAGAAGAUGUACAUCAAGAAGAAUUACAUAAAGAAGAAAUAAGUGGAGUCAAAAGGAUAGCAGCCGAAACAGUAAAGGCAUCAGAAGUCUCGAAGGAGCCUGCUCAAAGGUCCAUUCAACAGCCAGAAGAAAAUAUGUCAGGGAAUGCAAAUACAAGCCUUCAGAAAAUAGAGGUAGCCAAGAGUACUGAGGAUUUUCCCACUAUAGGAAGCACUGAGAAGAUUCACGCAGGAGACACUGUAUAUAUAGAGGUUAAAACUGAGGAUGCAGGAGAAAAGGCAUCUAAAGUUUAUGAAGACACUGCCAGUAAUACUGAAGAGAGGCCAGAAGAUAUUGAUAGAAGCCUGCAUCAAAUAGAACUGGAUGAGAGCAUUUCGGAGGUUACAACUAUAUAUAAUACUGAAGAGGCUCAAAAGGUAGCUGGCAUGAAAAUUGAGGAUUCAAAAGAAGAGAUAGCAGCACAGGGUCCCUCACAAGAUGGGGAAGAACAAAAGGAGAUUGGAACAGGAGAAGUAUACAAAGAAAAAAAUAAUUCAAUUGUAACAAACCAGGAAUCUGAAGGCUCUAGAGAGGCAAUGCAAGAUGAAGAAGAAGAUAUCUCAGCAAAUGUUUCACUUGAUAGAAGUGUAUGCCAAACAGAUAUAGCAAAGAACAUUGAAGAGGAUACUGCAGUUGUAGAUGCUAAAGACGCUCACAGGACAGAUCAUGUAUCUGUGGAGGCAAAAACCAAGGAUUCUAUAGAAGAGAUUGUAGCAGAAAGUUAUCCAGAGUAUAAGGAAGAGCAACAAAAGAUGGAAGAAAUAUUUGAAGUCAAAAAUAUUGAUGGAAUAUUGGAGGAACCUAAAAGUAUUGAAGAGGUUUCACAACAGCCAGAAGAAGACAUAGCCAAUAAAUCAGAUAAUAGAAGCAUACACAAACCAGAAAUGGAGAAGAGUGUUAUUAAAGAGGUUGCAUCUAUUGUAGAUGGCGAAGAGGCUCAUGGGGUAAACCUUGCAUAUCCAGAGACAAAAUCUGAGGACUCGAAAGACAAGAUCAUAUCAGAGACUUUCCAAGAAUAUGAACAAGAGGUAAAUGAGAAAGAAAUAUGUGAAGUACAUGAAACAGUUCCAAAGGAAACUGUGCAAAAGCAAGAAGAAACAGGAAAUGAAGUGGAGGUGGUUAUAGCUACACUACAUACUGAAAAGCCUCAUAAGGUUCAUCCUUCCCAUUUAGUAACAGAAUUUGAGGAAUCAAAAGAAGAGGUAUCUAGUGAUAUUGAAAAGGUUGCUGAGAAAGCUGUGCCAGAGCCACAAGAGCUUGGACAGGGAAUUGAGGUUGCUAUGGCUGCACCAGAUACCAAGCAGGAUUACGGGAUACAUCUUGAGCAUAUAAAGAACGAGUUUGAGGAAUCAACAGAAGAGUUAACCAGAUCCACUGCACCAUCCCCAGAGGAUAAAAUUAACAAGACAAGUUCUGAUGAGGACAAUGAAGCAACUAAAGAUGAAGCAUUGUUAAAUCAAAGUCCAAAUGCUCUUGUGAUAGCAACAGCUGCUGAAGUGCCAGAAACACUUGACAAAAAUAUAAUAUGUGAAGCAGUGCCAUCCCCAGAGGAUAAAGUUAACAAGACAAGUUCUGAUGAGGUCAACAAUGAAGUAACUAAAGAUGAAGCAUUGUCAAAUCAAAGUCCAAAUGCUCUCAUGGUAGCAACAGCUGCUGAAGUGCCAGAAACACUUGACAAAGAUAUAAUAUGUGAAGCAGUGCCAUCCCCAGAGGAUAAAGCUAACAAGACAAGUUCUCAUGAGGCUAACAAUGAAGCAACUAAAGAUGAAGCAUUGCUAAAUCAAAGUCCAGAUGCUGUUGUGAUAGCAACAGCUGCUGAAGUGCCAGAAACACUUGACAAAAUGAUAAUAUGUGAAGCAGUGCCUACAGUGGGCGUACAUGAAACCACCCAGGACAAUAUAGGUAAGAGAGAAAAAGCAGAUGUAAUCUUGGAGAAAGAGCAAGAAGUGGAAAACAAAGGCAAGGACGAAAACCAUUCACUCUCUGAAUUUACACAAAAAAAAGAAGGUGCGGAACUGGAUCAAAACAAUGAAGCACAAGUAAAGGAUGAGGAGGAUGCCCAGAAAGCUGAUAGACAGAGCAAAACAGUGGACAAAUACAAUAAGACAGAUACCAAGGUUGAGGAUGAGCUUUCCUCUCAUACAACAUGCACAACAGAAGUUUCACGUGGUGGAGGCAUUCAGGAGAUUUCCAAUAAUGAAGAAAACGCAACACCCAACAAUGAGUGGCGUGAAGAGAAAUAUGCAAAUGAAGGAACAGAAUUUCAAAAGUCCACAGUGGAGGAAGACUUCGACCUGCAAGAAUCAAAACCUACAAUGACAGCUGCCAUACCAGAGACUGUAAGUACAAGUGAUCCCUGUGGUCUUCCAGAAACAACAGAAGUCCACUGCCAGCAAGAGGAAGACGUAAGGUAUAAAAGCAAAGGGGUGGCAGAGAGCUCUGCAUACGUAGAAUCUGCUGAGAUCGUAACGAUCGUAACAUCAAAAGCCAUGCAGGAAGAUAUUGAAGAAACCUUAACGGAGGCUCAAGCUCGAGACCUCAAGCGUCAUGACUUACCCCAAGAAUCAGUUUCCCUGGACUUCAAAGCACAAAUAGGACAAACAGAUUGUUCGGCGGAUCUUCAUAAUGUUAAGGAUAUAGGCGUGGAUGUUCAGAAGUCAAAUGAGUGCUCCAUCGGAGUGAUCAAUCAGGGGAAUCCAGUGGAGGAGGAUCCAAUUCCAGAAAUAGAUUCUUCGAAAAAUGUGAACCCACAGGAUUCAACCGGAAACAAGGACAUGUCAGCAAUUCAACAUGUAGAUUCUCCAGAAUGUCCCCAGAUUGAGGGUGAAAUAUUGAAACCUUCCGAUCCCGACUCUAAGCAAGAGGAAGAGGUAACUACAAAAUCAAUGGAGAAACCUGAAAUGAGAGAUAGAGACCAACCUUCGCUAUCAGACCUUUUUCAGGCAGCGAAAGAAUCCACACGGUUGAGAAAUGACCCGAUAAGUUUACAGCAGCAGCAGCAAGCGGAACAUGGCGAGCACAAAGAAGCGAAAUCCGGGGAAGAAAAAAGUGGCGAAGAGGAAUCAGAAGAGAAAAGAGCAGAGGAGAGCGGUGCAGAAGUGAAAGUAGGUCACAAAAAAUCACACAACAUACUGUCUCUGUCUGGCGUAGGAUCAAAAGUGAAGCAUUCCAUUUCCAAGGUAAAGAAAGCCAUCACCGGCAAAUCCUCUCACCAUCCAAAAUAGAUACAAUACGAUACAUAUACAAAGAGAACAAUAUCAGUGAGUUUGUGUUUGUGUGUAUGUUUGUUUGUUUGUUUUAAGUAUGUGUGUAUAGUUUGGUGGUGUUGUUCCACUGUCUGUAUUUUUGUCCAAGUUUGCUGCUACAAUGACUACUCAUUGUUGAAUAAUAUUGUUGGGCAUUGCAUUGCAUUGCAUGGCAUGGAA